UGCAGCGCGCUGUGUUGGAUGAGGCCGGGGGAGUUCAUUCCUAGUAGCGGAGCAGGAGGAGUGGAGCGGGGGCGCGCAGCGGGCACGCAGCGGACACGCACGGAAAGAAGAAGUGGAGCUUCGUGUUUAACAAAGUUCACAGUGGCUCUCAGCGGCAGCACCUCGCGCACCUGCAGACCUGUCCACUCAGCGGGGCUGCUCGUGAGUGUUUCUCCUGAGUGACGUUAGCGUGGGGACGGGACGGGAGGGGGAACGCAGACCGACCGACAGACUGACCCACCGAGCGAGCGCCGCCUGCCACUCACAGCCGCCUCUCCUCUCAUCACCGGCGGCUUACUUUCCACGGACCAUCCGCCCACUUUUCGCAGCGGUCCAAACAAGUUCCCCGGCUUGAAGCGGCGCUUUCUUUGUGCAGCGGCAGAGAUGCUGCGCGUGGAGCUUGAUGCCGUUUCCAUCCCGUAGGCUGGAAGUCAUCCAUCAGCGCGUCUCUUUGGAUAUAUCAUCACCGCUGCUGGACAGCCAGUCCGGGAUCCACCGUAGCUGCCUAUGACACAUCUGAGUGGAUAAUGGAGUAUCGCCACACUUCGGUUCCCCUACUGGUUUUAUGCGUACUCACAACUUUGGCAUAUGGAUCUCGACCCAGGUUGGAGGAUGCGGCCCCCCGGAUCGUGGAGCACCCCUCUGAUCUGAUUGUGUCCAAGGGCGAGCCGGCCACCCUCAACUGCAAGGCCGAGGGACGGCCGACUCCAAUAGUGGAAUGGUACAAAGACGGCGAGCACGUGGAGACGGAUCGAGAUGACCCUCGGUCCCACCGGAUGCUGUUACCCAGCGGCUCCCUCUUCUUCCUGCGAAUCGUACACGGCAGACGAAGCAAACCCGACGAAGGGGUCUACGUGUGCGUGGCGCGCAACUACUUGGGCGAGGCGGUCAGCCGCAACGCAUCGCUGGAGGUGGCAAUCCUGAGAGAUGACUUCCGUCAAACGCCCAGUGAUGUAGUGGUAGCAGCAGGGGAACCGGCUGUCAUGGAGUGUAUCCCCCCCAGAGGCCAUCCCGAGCCCACCAUCUCCUGGAAAAGAAACAACAUCCGGGUCAAUGACCGAGACGAGAGGAUCACAAUGCGAGGAGGCAAAUUGAUGAUUUCCAACACCAGGAAAGGCGAUGCUGGCAUGUAUGUGUGCGUCGGGACCAACAUGGUCGGAGAGAAAGACAGUGAUCCUGCUGAGCUGGUGGUGUUUGAGAGGCCGGUGUUCACCAGGCAGCCAGUGAACCAGGUGGUGUUGGCCGACGACACAGUGGACUUCUUCUGCGAGGUGCACGGAGACCCGAUCCCGACGGUCCGCUGGCGGAGGGAGGAGGGGGAGUUAGCUCGGGGCAGGUUCGAGAUCCGCAGCGACAACAGUCUGCGUCUGACCCAGGUGCGAGGUGAGGACGAGGGCACGUACACCUGCGUGUCAGAGAACAGCGUGGGCAAAGCCGAGUCUUCUGGGACACUGCAAGUGCACGUGCCCCCCCAGAUAGUGAUUCGGCCGCGGGACCAGAUCACAGCCCCAGGUCGCACCGUAACCUUCCUCUGUGGCACCAAAGGAAACCCUCCGCCGGCCGUCUUCUGGCAGAAAGAAGGCAGCCAGAUCCUGCUGUUCCCCAUCCAGGAGCCGUCCCAGUCGGGCCGCUUCUCUGUGUCGCUAAGCGGUGAGCUCACCAUCACCAGCGCCCAGGUGGAAGACUCCGGCUAUUACAUCUGUCAGGCCAUCAGUGUGGCCGGCAGCAUCCUCACCAAAGCGCUGCUGGAGGUGGAGAGUGCACCCUCGGACCGCCUGCCGCCCAUUAUCCGACAGGGCCCAGCUAAUCACACUUUAGCUCCUGGCUCCACCGCUCAGCUUCACUGCCACAUCAUGGGCAACCCCAUCCCCAGCAUCCAAUGGGAGAAAGACGGCCAAAGGAUCUUGGGAAACGAUGGCCGAAUCAGCUUGAUGGAGAACGGUACCUUCCAAAUCACCAACCUCCAGGAAACGGACUCCGGGGUCUACACCUGCCUGGCGUCCAGCUCCAGUGGAGAGACCAGUUGGAGUGGAGUGCUCACAGUCAAAGAGAGUGCAGACCCGUCGGUCGCCCAGGCCGCAGAGCCCUUCCAGCUGCCAGGCCCGCCGCACAAACCCAUCGUCACGGACGUGUCCAAGAACAGUGUCUCUCUGACUUGGCAACCCAACGCCCACGAGGGGGGAGCCGCUGUCACCGCCUACAUCAUCGAGGCCUUCAGCCAAUCGGCGGGCAGCACGUGGCAGACUGUAGCUGACAUGAUCAAGAUGGAAACACACACCAUCACGGGCCUCCUCCCCAACACCGUUUACCUGUUCAUUGUGCGAGCCGUCAACGCCUACGGCCUAAGCGACCCGAGCCCCAUCUCUGAGCCCGUCAGAACCCAAGAUGUGAGUCCUACGGGUCAGGGAGUGGACCACAGGCAAGUGCAGAGGGAGCUGGGAGAAGUAGCGGUCCAGCUGCAAGAGCCAGUCACGCUAACAACAGCCUCCAUCCGAGUGGCCUGGACUGUGGACCGUCAGUCUCAGUACGUCCAGGGCUACCGCCUGUUCUACCGACCGAGCGGAGGGACCUGGCUCCUCCAGGACAUCAACUCCCCCUCCGAACGCAUCACCGUCCUCAGCAGCCUGCUCAAAGGAACCGAGUACGAGAUCAAGAUCCGUCCCUACUUUGACGAAUUCCAGGGAAAGGACAGCAGAACAUUACUGGUCCGAACCCCAGAAGAAGUCCCAAGUGCCCCACCCAGAGCUGUCACGGUGGUAACAGUGAAGCUAAGCAACAGCUCCAGCAUCAGCGUCUCCUGGGAGCCUCCACCCAGCGAGAUGCAGAACGGCGUCAUCCAGGAGUACAAGGUUUGGUGUUUUGGCGGCGGCGGCGACAACCAGACACGCUCCCACAUCAACAGGACGGUGGACGGGAACACGCUGUCCGCUGCGCUGAAGGGCCUGGUGCCCGGCUUGCUCUACCAGGUGGAGGUGGCGGCGGUGACCAGCGCCGGGAUCGGCACCCGCAGUCAGCCGGUCUCUGUCCUCAUCAAGCUGCCAGCCGAACAGCCGUCGGUGGCAGGCGGCGGCGGCCCCAGUGACGGCGGCGAGGAGAGCAGUGUGAGUCUGGCCGAGCAGAUCACCGACGUGGUGAAGCAGCCGGCGUUCAUCGCGGGCAUCGGCGGAGCCUGCUGGGUCAUCCUCAUGGGCUUCAGCGUCUGGAUCUACUGCCGACGCAAGAAGCGGAAGGAGCUGAGCCAUUACGCCGCCUCCUUCGCCUACACACCAGCAGUUGGUUUCCCUCACGGAGAGGGAACAGUACUCAACGGAAGGCCGGGCGUGCUGGGAGGCAGCAUCGGCAACUACCCGUGGCUGGCAGACUCUUGGCCCACCACCAACCUGGUCCACAGCGGCAAGGAGCCAGUCAACUGCUGCACCAGCAACCACGACACGGCUGAGAGAUACUACAACGAUGCAGGAAUCUCCAACUACCUGAAUCAGACAGAGAAGUACAGCAUGGGCGGCUCCACCGAAGGGCCCAUCUACAGCACCAUCGACGCCACCAACGAGGACUUUGCCUACGCACAGCACGCCUCCACCGCUCCCUACGCCUCCACCUCCAUCAUGCCUUUCACCAACCAGAUGCAGGCGCCGGCCCACAGCGGCGAGCAGCCGGCGGAUGGACACUGGAUCGCCCAGUCGGGGCUGUCCGGAGCUCAGUACGCCCAGCCGGACCGCUGCAAUGGUAGUAAACCCAAGCAGAAGGCGAUGGGUAAGGCCGUUAAGACCCCGUCUCUGACCUGGAUGGAGGCGCUGCCCCCUCCUCCCCCCAUUGAGAAUUUGGAACAGUUUGUGGCGGACGACGAGCCCCCCGAGCAUGAGCACAUGGACAUAGGCUCGGAUGAGGAGUGGUGUCCCCCUCUCCCGGAGAGGACCUACCUGAUGGAGGGCUGCGAGGAUGGACCCUGCCCCCCUCAGAGGAACAACGCCUCCUCCCCGGCCACCUCCUACAGCCACCAGUCCACCGCCACGCUCACGCCAUCGCCCCACGAGGAGGGCCGAGCGCCCCAUGACCUCCCCCGCCUCAACCCCGCGGAUGGCCAGCCACUCUCACGCAGAAGGUUACCCUGCGGUCCAGUGCCAGUUCCCCAGGCGCUGAGCCCGCUGCUCACCCAUUCCAACCCAAACCUCUCCGGCCAACAGCAUCACGGCUCACCAGAGGUUGGCACGCGGCAGUGCCAGAGUCCUGGCCAUCGCUGCCUCCCCAGCCAGGGGCCGGGUCUGAAUGAAGACACCGUCAGCGCCACUACACCCGUGCACGGUCGCUCAUCUCCAGCAGAUUUGUGCACUCCUCCCAACCAAAAAGCACGCGUGAAAAAGAAGGUGUCAAAGAGUUCAGCCUACAGAAGGGAUGUGCAAGGAGACCUGCCCCCACCCCCCGAGCCGCCCCCAGGGGAGGACCGGUUGCAGGGCCCCCAGGGCUGCGUGGAGGCGGGCAGCGCGGUGAAUGGCGCUCUGUCCUCCCUGGAGAGGAGCGAAUACAGCAGCAGUCACCAACGGAAGGGCUCGGGACAAAGACACACCGACAAUGAGGAGACGGUGCCGUACAGCAGUAAGGCCGCUUACCUCUCCAGGAGUCAGAUGUCCAGUAACUGCUCGACCACAGGAAGCUCCUCCUCCAGAGGCUCCACGGGCUCCCGGGGGCUCCACUCGGGCCGGAAACACAACGAGGAAAUGAGAUAAAGACACCAGUAAGUGUGUCGAAGCCUCCAUCUCCCACCAUCUUCCCACUGUGGACACAAAGGAUGCACGAGAAGAAGAGGGCUUUGUUUGAGACGCUACACUGUGUCUUCAAAGGGAAAGAACGCAACAACAGACUCUACAUCAUGUUUUUUUGGGUAUUACUACAGUUAUUUAUGGGCAAACAACGUUAUUCCUCUGAUUUGUAAAUAUCUGUGUCUGUACUGUUAUUUUGUGGGCUCUCAAUACAGGGAAAGAGACGUAUAUUGUAUUUAUGAGGAUAGAACAAAAAAAAAGAAAAGAGUCUGUUAAAACAAAACAAAAAAAAAGCUCACGUCUUCUUGAAUGUGCCAACCUUUUUUUGUCAAAAUGUAUACUUUUUGGAAAAAGCAUUAACUGCUGUUGCACUCUCUCGUUGUCAUGGCAAAAACAACAGAAAAUAUGAAGCACAAAGGGUGACGCUGGUCAGAAAAGCCAAAAUGAAUGGGCUGUUGCUGCUGGGGAACGACCCCCCCCCCCCCCCCC